UCUUUCCCUCCCCCCUCUCUCCCCCCUCUCACUCUUGGACGAUCACCAUUUAAUUUUUUUUCUCUCGUGCGGUUGUGCAUUAAUCAUUUCAUUCAUUUUGUGGGAAUUGACUGAAGAAUACAGAUGACGAUUUUGCAAAAAGGCUCGGUUUUGUUGGUUUCAACGGUGAUCUGGAGUGAGAUUUUCGUGUGCCUCUCAUCACCGUCAUCGCCCACUGUGCGGACGCAAAAUGGGUGGAUCAUCGGGACCACAACCACAACAAGAAUGGGUCGGAGGGUUGAUGCGUUUCGGGGUAUCCCUUUCGCAAAACCACCCUUGGGCUCACUCAGAUUUCAAGACCCAGAGCCUGCGGAAGCUAUAAAUGGAACCUUCCACGCGACUGAAGACGGUCCGGAGUGUGUCCAAAAGGCUAACAAUGAUCUUUCCCAGCUUCAAGUGACGGGCGACGAGGAUUGCUUGCGACUCAAUGUUUACAGACCGAGUGUGCGUUAUUUUUUUGAUGGUAUGGAGGAUGGCAUCAAUAGUUACUACAAUACGGAAACUCAAAGUUCGACGCAAACUUACAGUUCGCAGGGUGGAAAUGGUGAAGGUGAUGGUGGUGGGGCCUACUCGAAUCUACCAGUGUUGGUUUUCAUACACGGCGGUGGUUGGACCACGGGUUCGGACCAAAUGGACCUUUACGGACCUCACUACCUUCUGGAUUCCAGAUACGAUUUUAUUCUUGUAAUAUUCAAUUACAGGCUCGACGUUUUCGGGUUUUACUGUUCGGGUGACAAAGAAGCACCAGGAAAUUUCGGUUUGAAGGACCAAGUUUUAGCUUUGAAAUGGGUGAAGGAGAACAUCCGGGACUAUGGAGGCGAUCCUUAUAAUGUUACCAUUUUCGGUGAAAGUGUUGGUGGCGUGAGCGUCCACACUUUAUUUUUCGCUAAGUCGGCACAAGGGCUGUUUCAGAAAGGGAUCUCAAUAUCUGGGACGGUGGCUGCGCCAUUCGCCCAUUUGCCGGUGGCGUUCGUAAACUCGGCAACAGAGCGACUCGGCGAGAGAUUCAACUGUCCUUUGGAAAAUUCUUCUGCUCUUCUGGCGUGCAUGCAGGAGGUUCCUGCCUACGAGCUCAUCGAACAACAGCUCAACACAUCUCCGGUGAGCUCAGAAACAAGCAGCGUUUGUGCUCUUCUACAGACUGAAAAAAAGAACUGCGGGCGUCAAGUCCGGUUUUACUGUUCGGGUGACAAAGAAGCACCAGGAAAUUUCGGUUUGAAGGACCAAGUUUUAGCCUUGAAAUGGGUGAAUGAGAAUAUCCGGGACUAUGGAGGCGAUCCUUAUAAUGUUACCAUUUUCGGUGAAAGUGUCGGUGGCGCGAGCGUCCACACUUUAUUUUUCGCUAAGUCGGCACAAGGGCUGUUCCAGAAAGGGAUCUCAAUAUCUGGGACGGUGGCUGCGCCAUUCGCCCAUUUGCCGGUGGCGUUCGUAAGCUCGGCAACAGAGCGACUCGGCGAGAGAUUCAACUGUCCUUUGGAAAAUUCUUCUGCUCUUCUGGCGUGCAUGCAGGAGGUUCCUGCCUACGAGCUCAUCGAACAACAGCUCAACACAUCUCCGCCUGGUUACCCACCGUUCUUGGUGAUGACUUGGGCUCCAGUGUUGGACUACAAUAUCACCGCGGAUCCAUUCUUUCUCUCGAAUCCGACUGAGAUGCUCACUCAGUCCAAGUUCCCAUGGAUCAACGGCGCCACAACUUACGACGGUACUCCCUUGGCCGGCGAAAUUUACAGGUAUCCGAGAUUCGUUGAGCAAAUCAAAGCUAAUCCAGAACGGUAUCUACCGCAGCUACUGUUUCUACCACAGUUUAUACCUGAAGAGGACGUCCCAAAAUGCAUGGCCAGAAUUUCCGACUUCUACUUUGGUUUCCCGCCGCAAGUUACUCAAAAGUCAUUCACAAUUCUGAUGACGGAUGCGUAUUUCUACCAGCCUGUGAUACAAACGUCACCGCUCAACGGAGGACCAACAUACGCCUACCAAUAUGCAUUCCCUUACCGUCAUUCAACCUGGAACAACGUCUACGGUCCAAGAGACGUUAUCACAGAGAAACCUGGCCAUUCAGACAUCUUGCUAAACUUCUUUGAAACUUCUAAAUACUUUAAUCGGUCAACAGACACCCAGACUGAAGUAGAUGUUUCAGAGAGACUUGUCGACCUCUUCACUAGUUUCCUAAUCUUUGAGGGACCCACCCAGGAGAAUGUGACGUGGAAUACUGUGGGAUCAGAGCAGAAUUUCACUUACGAGUAUUUAGACAAGGAAUUCACUGAGCGACAAAAUCCAUAUCCGGAUAGAACCGAAUUUUGGAGACACCUCCGUUCUGACUUUCCCGGGCUAUACUAAGAAAAAUUACUUACUUGUUAAUUAAUUAAUCAAUUAUUGUAUAAGAAAAAUUAAGGCUGUGUUGGAAAUAUUUAUUCACCAUCGCAGAAGAAGUCGAGGUACGGCAAAAUUCGCAAUUUCACAAUAGUCACGCGAUAGAGUUACGUGGUUUUGCACUUUAGCCAUCAAUCUGAAUCUCUCACGCAACCACGCACCGCAGCACUAUUGCGCAAAACAAAAAGUGAGGUUUUAAGAAAAUUUGAUACAAUGUAGCAUUUCAUUAUUCAAAAGUCAUCUCUUUACUAGGACUCCAUUUAAGUUGCAAAAUUGAUGAAUGGAGUCCAAAUUUUUACAAGAAUAUUUCUGCUCAAUUUUCCCCAUUAAUUUUGCUGAUUUGUAAGGACACGCGGUUUCGCAC